AUGGCUUACACCACCAGCACCUCAUCCUUCUCCCUCUUCCCCAUCGCCCCCGCCACGCCAGGAGCAUUCACCCUCUUUACCACACCAUCCACCCCUCGUGACAAUCACGAGUUGUACGGCGACUUGAGGGUCGCGUUCCACCCUACAACCAACCAGCCGACCCAGCAGUGCAAGAGGAGCGCCAGCGGAUCGUCCAUCAAAGACGGGCUGUUCAAGAUGUUCGGAGGACUAUAUCCAUUCUUGGAUAUCCAGCAACUUCGCGAUGUCUAUACCCAGGCUGCGGCGGUCAAGCCACAGGCGCUGCCGGAGGAGUACGAAUAG